UAAGAACUAUUAAAGUUAACGCGCAAAACACGUGGCGUGAUCAUGAAAAACUCGGCGAAAAUAAGUAUGAGCCAAAAACUGGCCUGCUGGCAGCAGAUUCGGAGCAUGUUGGGAACGAGUUACACGUCAGAGGAGAAUUGGGAUACUCAUUUCAAGGAUUUCCUCGAAAGCUGGGAAAAGCAUCCCGACCCCAUCCAAAGCCGCUCCGAUCCGAGACUACCGCUAAUACUGAAGCACUUGGAAGAUCUGCAGGAAAACCCGCAUGGACCGGUGGCCGCACUUCCAGAGUCCCCUGUUUGCGUGGAUUCCGCCACCAAUUCCACCGCCGCGUCGCGUGAACAUCCGAAUCCCAGCAAGUCCCUUGAUUCCUCUGUAAAUUCAACAGAUUGAGAUCCUGGGGAUGGAGAAAGAUAAAAAAAUUCAAAUUAUACAAAUAAAAAUCCUUGUGACUACAAA